AUGCCAACACCGGUUGCGAAAGGAAUAAUUAUCACUGUUUCAGCCCUUGUUGCUGCGGGCAUUGCAGUUUAUGAAUCACCUCAGUUCCGAGAAUGGGUCAACACUUCGCGACGCAAGAUUGCCGUCGCAUUGCAUAAUCUCGGCGAUGAGAUCCACCCUCGAACCUCUGCCUCACCUACGAGGCAAGACAUAUCUAUGACUGAAGAGCUGGGCCCGGAAGCUGAAGAGCGUAGGCGGAUAGCAAGGGAAGAGCUCCAACGACGACGUUCCAUGCUCGAGGAACACCGGAAAAGAAGGGAAAGUGCUCCGGCAGGAUCGUUCGAUGCGCUUGUUGAUGACCAUGGCUGUUUACUUCGGACCGAGAGCCCAGAGCCUUCUCGAGGACUAGGUAGCUCUACCGCCGUAGAGAUGACAGCAUCACAGGCUACUCAGCGCGGUAAACAUAAUGCUUCUCCGACUCCUAUGGCCGAAACGCAGACUCCUGGUGCUGCUCUAACGAGGCAGAACUUGCAAGUGGCGAUACCAGCAGCUGUAGGUGCGGCUGCAGCUUCUGCGACGCUUAUUGACUACACACCUACUUCCGAGACAUCAGGUAUGGACUUCUCAACAUCCACACUGAAUCCUACCGAGGAGGUCGAGCGGCCCCUUUCACGGUCGUCGAGUCAUACUGAGGGUUAUUCUGAAAUACUUUUUGCUCAUCCGGGUCCUUCGACGAAUGAGACUGGUCGCGAUUUGAGAUCACCGUUUUCCGAUCUGUCGGACUUGGAUUCUACUGGCGCCGAACACCACGAACGACCGUCUACGCCGUCAACGGCUGGUAGCUUCAGUCAGAUUUAUGAGUCCGCUGCGGACGAAUGGUCAGAUGGCACGUUGAGUGACCAUGGACGGUCGACGCAGGGAGUCGCCACCCCAGCCAGCUGGUCGGAGGUGGGCAGCGUAGUCAGCAAUGAGGAUUUGCAAAAUCGCUUAUACAUAACAUACACCAUGGCUACGGAUCGCUUGAAUUCCAUUCUCAGCCACCUCAAGGGAGGAAACACUGGCCUUUCCGCCAUCACCCAGAAAAACCCAGACGAUGUAGUCAUUACACUUGCUCUGCGUACUCCUUUGACUAAGGCCGGCAAGGGUGGAUUCAAGGACACAGAGUUGGACCACAUCGUCUACUCCUUGUUGAAGGAAGUUGUAGACAAGUCCAAGAUCGACCCUGCUCUGGUUGAGGAUGUCUGCUUGGGUAAUGUCAAUGACGGCAAGGCCCCCUAUCUCCUCCGUGCGGCCUCCCUUGCGGCCGGCAUCCCCAACACAUCCGGCGCAUCGUCCGUCAACCGGUUCUGCUCCUCCGGCCUCAAGGCUGUUCAGGACAUUGCCAACCAGAUCACAUUGGGCCAGAUCGAUGUCGGUAUCGCCCUUGGUGCCGAGUUGAUGUCUGCUGGCGGUGAGCCAGUCCGUCCUUUCAGCGAGGAGGUCCUUAAGAACCAGGAGUCUGCCGACUGCUUGCAGCCCAUGGGCCAGACAUCCGAGAACGUCGGAUCGGACUUCAACAUCAGUCGUGAGGUUCAGGACAAGUAUGCCGCUGAGUCAUACCGCCGCGCGGAAGAGGCCCAGAAGGCUGGUUGGUUCGAUGAUGAGAUCGUCCCCAUCACCACCAAGGUGAAGGACCCCAAGACCGGCGAGGUCAAGCAGGUUACUCUGACCAAGGAUGAGGGUAUCCGGUAUGGAACGACGGCCGAGUCUCUCGGCAAGAUCCGACCGGCUUUCCCCAAGUUCGGCAACCGCAGCACUGGUGGCAACUCCAGCCAAGUGACUGACGGCGCUGCCGCGAUCCUCCUCAUGCGUCGCUCCAGGGCUAUCGAACUGAACCAGCCUAUCCUGGCUAAGUUCUGUGGUGCUACUGUUGCUGGCGUUCCCCCUCGCGUCAUGGGUAUCGGCCCUACCGCUGCUAUCCCCAAGUUGCUCUCCAAGUUCAACUUGAACAAGGAUGAUAUCGAUAUCUACGAGAUCAACGAGGCCUUCGCCUCCAUGGCUGUUUACUGUUUGCAGAACCUUGGCUUGGAUCAUGCCAAGGUCAAUCCCCGCGGCGGUGCCAUUGCACUCGGCCAUCCCCUGGGCGCCACGGGUGCCCGCCAGAUCUGCACAGUUCUUAGCGAGGCAAGACGGACUAAGAAGAAGGUGCUGGUCACGAGUAUGUGCAUUGGUACCGGACAGGGCAUGGCGGGAUUGUUCGUCAACGAACAGGUGUAA